CUUCCCUCCUCCUCUUUAUUCUUCUCCUCCUCCUCUUCCUCCUCCUCCUCGCCCUGCCUCCAUCCCGCCGCAGGACAGAGUGCUUCCAGUCCAGAUCCCAAGGAAGUUCCUUUCCAAAAAUCUCAGGUGUGGCAAAAGAAGGAAAUUAAAGAUUUUUGGCUGCCCCCCCCCCGCAGCGCCCUCUCCCCCCCACUGCCAGGGAGCCCCGUGGAUGCGGCUCUUCCACCUUUCCCUAUUAACCUGCCAUUUCAUCCAUCCCGUAGCCCAGAGGUGCUGCCAAGGAGGGGUCAGCCCUGCCCAGCUCACCUGGAGGGUUGGGGCUGGAGGUCCCGCUGCCAGCCAGCGCCGCGGGGGUCCUGGUACCGGGGGGUCUGUCUUGGGAUGACCCUCAGACGGUGUUGGAGUCACCUCACGGCGCUGCCCACGCUGGAGCCAUCCGUGCCCCUCAUCCCCGGCGGGAAAGCUGGCUAUAAAAAGCUUUCCCAGGCUCGCCAUCCCAGCGCUUCUCCCAGCCUGUUGGAGAACCGCAUCCCGCAGAGCUGUAAUUUCCCAGGUUUAUAUUUAGCGGGGCAGGGCUAUAUAAGAGGUGCCCAGCCGUGCUCCCCUCAGGCUGCUGGAGCCGCGGGUGCCCCUCUCCGUGGCCAUGGACACCUCGUACCCGCGGGAGGACGAGCCGCCCCGCAAGCGGGGACCACCCCCCGCCGCCCCCCCGCCCCGCGACCACCUCGUCUGGGCCAUCUUCAACACCCUCUACAUGAAUUUCUGCUGCCUCGGCUUCGUGGCGCUCGCCUUCGCCGUCAAGGCGCGGGACAGGAAGGUGUCUGGGGACGUGGAAGCCGCUCGGCACUUCAGCUCCAAGGCCCGGUGCUACAACGCCCUGGCCACGGCGGGCAGCGUGGUGCUGCCGCUGCUCAUCGUCGCCCUCGUCGUCACCGGCGUCAUCCACCUCUCCAAGCUCGCCCAGGACUCCGUCGGCUUCUUCACUUACCAGCUCAGCGGGAGGGACGACGAGGACCACUGAUGGGGGGCGGGGUGAAGGGCUCGUGGAACCUCCUUCGCGCCGCUGGUGGCUCCCCAAAAAAGGGCCACCACCCCUCUCUGCCACCCCAGGCCACGGCCACCAGCUCUGACACCCACGGGGCACGGCGUGGCCGGUUUGGGGGGGCAGCUCCAGGGGCUUCUCCUCCACUACUAUGACCCCCUCCCUGCCUGGCCUGACCCCCCUCCCCGCCACGCUUUGGGGGCAGAGCAGUUAUUUUCAUUUAUCUUGUGUAUUUGGUUUUUUUAUCUCCCGUUAUCCCCCCCCCCCCCGUGUGGAGCUCAACCUCCCUCCAGCUUCCGUGAUCACUAUUUAAAUCAUUAAACGUUUCACACAGCGUGAGUUUCUGCCUGUGGAGGGGGG